UCUUUAGGAGUGGUUCUUUUGGCGUUGAAUAUUACAAAAAGUGUGGUAAAAUCAAAUAUAAAAAAUAAGUAAAAAAUAAUUCAAAAAACCACUUAUGUGUUUUGAAAAUGCAGCAAAUAAUUACCAAAUGCAUCUUUAUUAUUUUUUUCACAUUUGUACGUUAUGUAUAUGGAUUUGAGAAUAAUGGUAUACCAAUUGGUAUUAUAACUGAUCGCAAUACAGAGCAGUUGCAGAAAACUUUUGAAUAUGCCAUUUCGAAAGCCAAUACCGCUUUGGGUAUACCAUUAGUAGCGUACAAAGAAGAAAUAAGCAGUGGUGACUCAAUUGAUGGAUACACCCGAUUGUGUAAAUUCAUGCAGAAUGGAAUAGGCGCAGUAUUUGGUCCUUCCUCACGUCAAACAUCUAAACAUCUGCGAACUGUAUGUGACGCCAAAGAUGUUCCUUAUAUAUAUCCGCACCUCACUGAACAUUUAGAAGGUUUUAACCUAUAUCCACAUCCAAUGGAUUUGUCACGGAUUCUUCAUGACAUAAUCAAUAUGUUCGAAUGGAAGCGAUUUAUAUUCCUUUAUGAAUCUUCUGAUUAUUUAACCAUUUUAAAUGGUUUAAUGUCAUUAUUUGCCAUCGACGGUCCGGUAAUCAAUGUCUUACGAUAUGAUCUUAAAUUAAACGGGAAUUACAAGGCGGUUUUACGACGUAUACGGAAAUCGGAAGAUGGGCAAAUUGUCGUUGUGGGCUCAACAUUAUCGGUUGCCGAGCUAUUAAGACAGGCUCAGCAAGUUGGAAUUGUAAAUGAUAAAUACUCCUACAUAAUUGGUAAUCUGGAUUUCCACACAUUUGACCUGGAAGAAUAUAAAUAUAGUGAAGCGAAUAUAACCGGAAUCCGUUUGUUCUCCCCAAAUGAUUUUGUGGUUCAAGAUUUAAAAACACAAUUAGGAUACAAUGAAUACGAUAAUGUCAACGGUUCCUCUCCUAUAACUAUAGAAAUGGCCUUAACUUACGAUGCAAUACAGGUUUUCGCUGAAACUACAAAAAAGCUUGUGUACAAUCCUCAACCUCUGAACUGUUCCGAGUAUAGUGAUCAUGUGCAGCCUGAUGGAUCAACAUUCAAGAACUACAUGCGCUCGAUCAACAUUAAUGACAAAACCAUAACAGGGCAUAUAUACUUCAACGGUGAUAUACGCAAAGGUUAUAUCCUGGAACUCGUAGAGCUUCAACCAAGUGGACUUGUCAAAGUUGGCACUUGGGAUGAACGUAACAAUUUGACUAUUCAGCGUCAACCUAUAACUGAAUUAUGGAGUGAGAUCGACUCCAAUUCAUUAGUUAAUAAAACAUUUCGCGUUCUGAUUUCAGUGCCAAAUAAACCAUAUGCUAGUUUAAUAGAGAGUCAUGAGAAAUUGGUUGGCAACGAUCAAUAUGAAGGUUACAGCAUAGACUUAAUAAAGAACCUCGCUGCAAAAUUAGGUUUCAACUACACUUUCAUAGACGGUGGCACGGAUUAUGGUAGUUAUAAUAAAACCACAAAUACGACUUCGGGAAUGAUGAAAGAGAUAUUAGAAGGUAGGGCGGAAUUAGCCAUUUCGGAUUUGACAAUUACAUCAGAACGGGAAGAAAUCAUUGAUUUCUCUAUACCAUUCAUGAAUUUAGGUAUUGCGAUUUUGUAUGUUGCACCGAAAAAGAAAAAUACUGAUAUUUACUCAUUCAUGGAUCCCUUCUCUGGAGAGGUGUGGGUUUAUUUGGGUCUUGUUUAUAUUGGAGUUUCAUUCUGCUUUUUCAUAUUGGGACGACUAUCACCAACGGAGUGGGAUAAUCCAUAUCCUUGCAUUGAAGAACCCGAUGAGCUGGAGAAUCAAUUUACAUUAAAUAACUCAUUUUGGUUUACUACUGGCGCGUUUUUACAACAGGGUUCCGAGAUAGCACCAAAGUCACUAUCCACACGUACGCUUGCGUCAAUUUGGUGGUUUUUUACUUUAAUUAUACUAUCUUCAUAUACUGCCAACUUAGCUGCUUUCCUUACCAUCGAGAAACCCAUUGGACUCAUUGACGAUAUAAAUGACUUAGCCAACAACGAAGGAGGUGUGGAAUAUGGCGCUAAAAAAACUGGUUCCACGAGAAGUUUCUUUUUGACCUCCGAGCAUGAUGUAUACAAAAAAAUGAAUGAAUUUAUGACGAAAAAUCCGCAUUUAUUAUUUGAAACGAACCUAGAAGGUGUACAACGUGUUAAAUCUUCUACAACAUAUGCUUUUCUAAUGGAAUCUACGUCGAUUGAAUAUCACAUUAUGCGUGAGUGUGAUCUAAAGAAAAUUGGGGAACCACUUGAUGAAAAGGGAUAUGGCAUCGCAAUGGUUAAAAAUUUCCCAUUCCGCGAUAAACUCAACAACGCAUUGUUAGAGCUGCAAGAGCAAGGGGCUUUGGCUCGCUUAAAAAACAAAUGGUGGAAUGAAGUUGGCGCCGGCGUUUGUAAGAAAAAGUCUGACAGUGGAGAGUCUGCUCCAUUGGAUUUAAGUAAUUUAGGUGGUGUAUAUUUGGUACUUGGUAUUGGAAGUGGCGUAUCUCUAAUUUAUGGAGUAGUCAUGUGGUGCAUAUAUGUCGCAAGAAAAGCUAGAUACUUUGAGGUGCCUUUUGGAGCAGCCUUUUUGGAAGAGCUGCGAGUCGCAAUGGAUGUUGCUAACAAUGAACGCAUUCUUAAAAGCGAUCAAUCUAUAUAUUCGCGUAGUAGGAAUUCUCUCGCUUCCAUUGACUCAAUACGAACAGAUUCAGAAUUAGAAAAUAGUUUAGAAAGUGAUUAAUAGGCUAACGUUUUUCUGUUCUACAACUUGUUAAAAUAUAAAUAAAUAAAAGAUGUCUAUC